ACCGCUCAACGACUUUGGUUUACUUCAACAAUGGCGUCCUCCUCCUCCUCCUCCUCCUCUGUUCCUUGUGUAUCAAAGUAUGACGUGUUCCUCAGCUUCAGAGGAGAAGACACUCGCAAAACCAUUGUCAGCCAUCUAUACGCAGCACUUGAUAGUAGAGGGAUAGUUACCUUCAAAGACGACCAAAGACUUGAGACAGGUGAUCACAUUUCCGACCAACUCCACAUAGCACUCAAGGGUUCGAGCUUCGCCGUUGUGGUUCUCUCCGAGAACUACGCUACCUCUAAGUGGUGCUUAAUGGAACUUCAGUUGAUAAUGGAGUUUAUGAAGGAAGGAACACUUGAAGUCUUCCCUAUCUUCUAUGGAGUAGAUCCUUCCACCGUCAGGCACCAGCUACGGAGUUUCUCUUUAGAAAGGUACAAGGGUCGUCCAGAAAUGGUGGACAAGGUUCACAAGUGGAAAGAAGCUCUUCACCUAAUAGCUAACCUUUCAGGCGUUGAUUCAAGACACUGCGUUGAUGAGGCUGUUAUGGUUGGAGAAAUUGCCAGAGAUAUAUCAAGACGUGUGACACUGAUGCAAAAAAUAGACUCAGGCAAUAUUGUUGGGAUGAAAGCACACAUGGAAGGUCUUAAUCAUCUACUGGAUCUAGAGUCCAAUGAGGUUGUUAUGUUAGGAAUCUGGGGAAUGGGAGGAAUAGGGAAAAGCUCAAUAGCCAAGUGUCUCUAUGACCAGAUCUCACCUAGAUUUAGAGCUCGUUGUUUCUUAGAAAAUAUUAAGAGUGUUAGCAAAGACCAUGACCAUGAUCUAAAGCAUUUUCAGAAAGAAAUGCUUUCCACUAUCCUCUGUGAUGAUAUCAGCUUAUGGAGCGUGGAAGCUGGAUGCCAAGAGAUAAAGAAGAGACUUGGGCACCAAAAGGUUUUUCUUGUACUUGAUGGUGUGUAUAAAGUGGCGCAGGUACAUGCCUUGGCCAAAGAGAAAAACUGGUUUGGUCCAGGGAGCCGAAUCAUCAUAACAACUAGAGAUAUGGGAUUGCUCAACACCUGUGGAGUAGAAAACGUUUAUGAGGUUAAGUGUUUGAGUGAUAAAGAUGCUCUCAAGAUGUUUAAACAGAUUGCUUUUGAAGGAGGAGGAAGUCCUCCUUGUGCUGGUUUAGAACAACUCUCAGUCCGAGCUACUCGGCUUGCUCACGGUCUUCCUUCUGCUAUUAACGCACAUGCCUUGUUUCUCCGUGGAAGAACGGUUUCUCCUGAGGUGUGGGAAGAAGCUUUAACUGCACUUGAAAGCAGCCUUGACGAGAAUACAAUGGAAAUCUUGAGAAUUAGCUACGAGGGCUUACCAAAACCACAUCAGAAUGUGUUCCUUCAUGUUGCUUGUCUCUUCAAUGGAGACACCCUCCAGCGUAUCACUUCCCUUCUCCAUGGACCCAUACCUCAGAGCAGCCUGUGGAUAAGAGUUUUAGCAGAGAAGUCUCUGAUCAAAAUAUCUACUAACGGAUCUGUAAUCAUGCAUAAGUUGGUUGAACAAAUGGCAAGAGAAAUGAUCCGUGACGACAGGUCUUUGGCUAGAAAAUUCCUCAGAGAUUCUCAGGAUGUUUUCUAUGCGCUGACUUUCAGAGAUAGAGGUGAACAAACUGAAUGCAUGUCCCUACACACAUGUGAUAUGACCUGUGCAUUGUCCAUGAAGGCCAGUGUCGUUGGCCAUAUGCAUAAUCUCAAGUUUCUCAAAGUCUACAAGCAUGUAGAUUCCAUAGAGUCAAAGCUGCAACUCAUUCCAGACCAACAUCUCUUGCCUUGUAGCCUACGGCUAUUCCAUUGGGAUGCAUUCCCAUUGAGAACCCUGCCUCCUGAUGCUGAUCCAUAUUUUCUUGUUGAACUCAAUCUGCGUCACAGUGAUUUAGAAACGCUCUGGAGUGGAAAACCGAUGUUCAAUAGUUUGAAGAGACUUGAUGUGACAGGAUCUAAGCAUCUCAAGCAACUUCCAGAUCUUUCAGGUAUCACUAGUCUUGAGGAACUGUUUUUGGAACACUGCCCAAGACUAAAAGGCAUUCCAGAGAGUAUUGGGAAAAGAUCUACUCUAAAGAAGCUCAAGUUAUCUUACUGCGGAGGCCUUAGAAGUGCCUUGAGGUUUUUUAUAUGGAAAUCUACCAUGCAGCAACAUAUUGGAUUGGAGUUUCCAGAUGCAAAAGUGAAAAUGGAUGCACUAAUAAACAUAUCCAUUGGUGGAGACAUAAGUUUUGAGUUCUGUUCAAAAUUUAGAGGAAAUGCUGAAUACAUCUCUUUUAACUCUGAUCCACAGAUCUCUGCCACAUCUUCAAUGAAUCUGCAGCAAGCACCUUGGCUCAUCUCAGAGUGCAACAGAUUCAACUCCCUUAGCAUCAUGAGGUUCAGCCACAAAGAAAACGGUGAAUCUUUCUCAUUUGACAGCUUCCCAGACUUUCCUGAUCUUAAAGAGCUAAAGCUAGUGAACUUAAACAUCCGGAAGAUUCCAUCUGGGGUUCAUGGGAUUCAGAAGUUGGAGUUCCUAGAGAAGCUGGACCUCAGUGGGAAUGAUUUUGAGAACUUACCAGAAGCUAUGAAUGGUCUUUCCCGGUUGAAAUCACUCUGGCUUCAAAACUGUUUCAAGCUCAAAGAGUUGCCAAAGCUAACUCAGGUGCAGACACUGACACUUACCAACUGUAGGAACCUCAGAUCAUUGGUGAAACUGUCUGACACAAGUGAAGAAAAAAGAAGAUACAGUUUGCUUGAGCUUUGCCUUGAAAACUGCAACAAUGUUGAGUUGUUGUCAGAUCAGCUCAGUCAUUUCACUAAGUUGACAAAUUUAGAUCUCAGCGGCCAUGAUUUUGAUACAUUGCCAUCAAGCAUCAGAGAUAUUACAUCGUUGGUAACUCUUUGCCUCAAUAACUGCAAGAAAAUCAAAUCAGUGGAGAAACUCCCACCGAGUCUUCAGUUUCUUGAUGCACACGGAUGUCAUUCCCUCGAAGCUGAUUCUGUAGAACAUUUUAGAGACAAACCAUACGAAGAGGUACAGCAAGGAACCUGUUUCAAAGAAACUGAGAUGCCAAUUUAUGUACUGAAUCAUCAAGCCACAAGCGCCUUCCAAAUCAUCCACCUUCUCAAGAAAACACCUGCUCCCAUGUUUCUAGGCAUUCCUUUCUGCAUCACGCUAGUGGCUGUUCUUGUCGUUCUUCUCCUGCGUGUUUUCAAGUGAACCUCAAGGCUCAAAACAAGAGAGGUCUCUGUCAACAGUCACCAAACGACUUCCUCAAGGCUAAAGGUAUCUGGAAGUUGUAAUGGAUGCAAGCAAAGAAACAAAGAAGAUGGUCAGAUAACAGAGACU